CGAGGAAUGUCUGUCAGGUUGAAGCCGGGUUGUCGAGCCCACAGCAUCACUUUCUUAAGAUUGUUUUUUUUUUUUUCCGUUCGAAAUUCCACCUGAGCUUAACUCGUCCCCUCCUCUCUGUGCAUGUAUGGGGUCAUGAAUUGUUGCGCGUUUCCAGUGAAUCAGAUAGAGGGGAGAGUCCAUCGCGGCUUUGAAAUAAAAAAUGUUGGGUUUUAGUUGUGUGGAACGGUAACUCCGCGAGCGGCACACGAAAGGAUAAAUCGGAGGGACGAGAGGAUUUUUUUUUUUUUUUCCUUGAAGACUGAGAGGCUGUGAUUGUGGACCGAGGGCACAUGGAACACCUGCACACACACUGGAUUUUUGCCCCGCGACGUCCAAAAGGAAGCAGGCUGUGAGCUGAGGGAAGACAGACGACAGAUAUGAAUGUGUUCCGAAGGUUUCCUGGUGGCUUAUGGCAUCCUCCAAAGUCCUGUCCGAGAGCUGUUCCUGACCAGGAAGACCCACGGAGACUGUCUCUGAAAUCAAGUCCCGAUGAAGAACUAAGAGGAAAAGAGUGACUAUGGUUUUUGCUCACAGAAUGGAUGACGACCAGCCACCUGUUGUUUCUGCUACCCUGCUGGUGCCCCUCCAGAACCAUAGCUGCAUGGAGGCCGCUGAGGCCCUGCUGCCCCACGGCUUGAUGGAAGUCCAGGAGGAACACAGCUGGAUGAGCAACAGGACCGACCUUCAGUAUGGGCUGAAUCCUGGAGAGGUGGCCACAGCCAGCAUCUUCUUCGGCGCUUUGUGGUUGUUCUCCAUCUUUGGCAAUUCCCUGGUGUGUCUGGUCAUCCACAGGAGCCGGAGGACCCAGUCCACCACCAACUACUUUGUGGUGUCCAUGGCGUGUGCAGACCUUCUCAUCAGCGUGGCCAGCACGCCGUUCGUUGUGCUGCAGUUCACCACUGGGAGGUGGACUCUCGGUAGUGCCAUGUGCAAGGCUGUCCGCUACUUCCAGUACCUCACUCCAGGGGUCCAGAUCUACGUGCUCCUCUCCAUCUGCAUAGACCGCUUCUACACCAUCGUCUACCCACUGAGCUUCAAGGUGUCCAGAGAAAAGGCCAAGAAGAUGAUUGCAGCCUCCUGGAUCUUGGAUGCGGCCUUUGUGACGCCUGUCUUCUUUUUCUAUGGCUCCAGCUGGGACAGCCAUUGCAACUACUUCCUCCCUCCCUCCUGGGAGGGAACUGCCUAUACGGUUAUCCACUUCUUGGUGGGUUUUGUGAUUCCCUCUGUCCUCAUCAUCUUAUUUUACCAGAAGGUCAUAAAGUAUAUCUGGAGAAUAGGCACUGAUGGGCGGACCCUGAGGAGGACGAUGAACAUUGUCCCCAGGACAAAGGUGAAAACGGUCAAGAUGUUUCUCCUCUUGAACUUGGUGUUCCUGUUCUCCUGGCUGCCUUUCCACGUGGCUCAGCUCUGGCAUCCCCACGAGCAAGACUACAAGAAGAGCUCCCUUGUCUUCACAGCCGUCACGUGGGUAUCGUUCAGUUCUUCAGCCUCGAAACCCACUCUGUACUCCAUUUAUAAUGCCAACUUUCGGAGAGGGAUGAAAGAGACCUUCUGCAUGUCCUCGAUGAAAUGCUACCGCAGCAACGCCUACACCAUCACAACCAGUUCAAGGAUGGCCAAGAGAAACUACGUUGGCAUUUCGGAAAUCCCUCCGGUGAGCAGGACGAUAACCAAAGACUCUAUCUAUGACUCAUUUGACCGUGAGGCCAGGGAAAAGAAGCUUGCCUGGCCCAUCAACUCAAACCCACCCAACACUUUUGUCUAAUUUUUAAGAAUUCUUUCACUGUUAAUGUGCCAGAGAUUAAAAGGCUUUAACUAUAAA